CGAUGCUCAUCAAAUGGGUUGUAAUUUAGUGCUAGCUGAUUGUAUAAAAGAAGCAAAAAUGUUGCAAGAUAAACAAUUUGCUAAAUAAUUUAUUGGGUUAACAAUUAUUUCCAUGGUUUCUUUUGCUGAUUCUCAUCUAAAUCAAAUUGAAUUAAAUUUAUUUCGUGAAUUUUGUUUCCCUUGUUAUCAAAUGAUGAAAUCAAACACAAAGAUAUUGGUUUAAUUUUGGGUUGAAACUUAUUCCAACCCUUGAUAUCAACCAAUCUGGUAAGAGAACAUCAAAUUGAGCAAUUAGCUAAUUGUACAAUCCAUCAUAGAGAUUAUGUAGUUCAAGUGAUUAAAGAUUUAAAAUUGCCACUAACUGUUAGUUUUUCUCACUUAAGUAUCUUCAUCAACUGUCGCACGUUGAAAGUAUUAAGUGUCUUUUUGUUACUCUACUUAAGAAAGUCUAAUCUUCUCAGUUAAUUAGUUAAUUACUCGCAGAUUAAACGAUGGAUUUUAUAGUUAACCUUCUUGGUCCUAAACCAAUGUCACCUUACGAAACGGGGGAAUAUGUUCACUCGGUUUCGAAAAAUGUUCGUGUUAAUUGGGAUGGAAUUCGGUUCGUGGCCAAUGAAUUGUACUCAACUCUAAGUGCCAAUCAAUAUGAUUUAUCGGCUUGGAGGAAGCACCCGUUACAUCCUAAAACCCUUUGUGAUACAACAAUUAACUGGAUCUUUUUAGUUGAUUCGCUCAACUUUUCCUUUUGGGCCAAUAAAGGUGAAGAGUUCGCAGUCACUUGGCGAGGAGUUGAAUACAUUGGUUAUUGGGCACUUUGUGCGGCAAUUAAUCGAGCCCUUGACCAAGGAAUCCCAAUGGUUGAUCCCGCUUAUUAUGGUAAUUUAACUUUGUACCAAGUGAAACGGAUACUUAAGGCUCAUCGUCCAGGUAAACCCAACGAACUGAUUGACUUUCCCUUGAUGGAGGAGAGACAUCGCAUCAUGAGGAAACAUGGUAAAGUGCUAAUGAACUUGGGUAAUAACUUUGCCGCUUUGAUUGUUAAAUCUAAAUCAAGUGCGAUGAUCCUGCUAAAGAAGAUACUUGAUCGUUUUCCGAGCUUCAGAGAUGUAGCUGAAUACAAUGGGAAGAAAGUUUCUUUCCAUAAACGAGCUCAGAUCUUAAUUGCUGAUAUUUACGCUUGUUAUGAGAAUCAAGGAAUUGGACAUUUCCAUGAUAUUGAGGAAUUGACAGCUUUUGCUGAUUACAGAGUUCCUCAGAUUUUGUACUAUUACAAUGCUCUAACUUACAAGAAUGAACUAAUUGCUCGUCUUAAAUUUGGUGAAUUAAUGAGACACGGAGAUCCAGAUGAGACUGAAAUUAGAGCGGGAACAAUUUAUGCGGUGGAAAAAAUUAAACACCAAGUACGACGAUUGGCACGAAGGAAUCAGAAUCAUUCACUGAUAAUUAACUCGAUAAUUGUUGAUUUUUGGCUAUGGGACACUCGUCGUAGCAAUGCUGAAGCGAUUGAUUUUAAAUUGCCACAUCAUAAAGUUAGAUCAAUUUACUAUUAGUUUUCCUAUUACUUUACAAUUAGAAAUUAGUCAAGAGCUGUGAAAUAUUCAUAACUUUUCAUGAUCAACAAUUACUUUCUGAAUCCCCUUAACUUCAUGCCAACUAAUUGCUCAAACUGUAAUGCUAAUUGUCCAAACAUUGAAUAUUAAAAUUUCUGCUUUGAUAUCAA